GUGGCGUCAUCCAAGGACAGGGUGCUGCCAGCCGUGGCAGAGACAGGCCGGCUGCUCAACCUGCUGCCACACAGCAAGCGAGUCAUCCUCCCCACCAGCGGUCACACAGUGCUGCUGGAAGCUGACGUGGACAUUGCUGCCAUCCUCGCCACUCAUGGCUUCGCUCCCACCAAUCACACGCCGGAGAAGGGGGUGAAGGGGGUGACACUGGUGUCGCCUCUGGUGGUGGGCGAGGGUAAUCUGCAGCUCGUGCAGCGAGAGCUGGCCCAGCAUCCCAGUCGCAGUGUGCUGUUUGUGGGCAACCACACCAUCUACGGCUUCUACGACACGCCCCUGCUGCUCUAUGAAUUGUACAUGCGGGGAUUCAAGUGUCGCUGUCUCGCGCAUCCCAGCUUCUGGCUGCAGGAGUCUCUGGGAGAGCUUCUGGAAAGCUUUGGUCACGUCAAGCCUUCGCCUCGUGCCUUAUAUGAGCUCCUUCAAGAGGGAGGGCCCGCGCUGGUGUUCCCUGGGGGCUCCAAAGAAACGUGCCGCCUCAAGGGUGAGAAGUAUCAGCUGUGGUGGGGCCCGGACGAGAGCAGCAGAGGGAGAACAGGUACACGGAGCAGCGGCACCAGAAGCACCAGCGAUACCAGCAGCAGUGGCGAUGGGGGCAUGAUGCGCAUGGCAGCGAAGCUCAACACCAUCAUUGUGCCCUUCGCCAUGGUCGGCGCUGAUGACGCGUGA